UAAAUAAGCAGCACAUUCAGGAACCCCAUCAGGACAGUAGGCAGGGCUGCAGCCUGGGUGUGAAAUCAUACUAAUGCGCCCGCUCUAGUCAGGUUGAGCAGGAUCACUCACUCACUCUCUCUCUCACUCACACACUACCGUUCCUCUACUACUGUAGCCCCAGCACCAGCAGCCAGAAGACAAGUGUGGAUUGGACGUCAAGGAGGGCAAGAAAGAAAGGAAGGAGGCACAAAAAAGAGUGACAGAAAGGUCUGCGAGGAAACGAGGAAAGGGAUUUUGCAGCUGCUCUUCAUCGUCUGUUGGUUUGGAUCCACUCUGUGACGGGAGACAGCGUUUGAACGGUGCACACUACUGGAUCUCCGGUGGCCUGCCGGUGGCGCUAUCACUCCGAAAGGCUUUUCCACCGACUGUGGAUGCAUCAAACCAAAUCGCAUAACCGGGUCUCGUAGCUUUGAAAAAAACUGGAAAUACCUGGAAUUAUAGGACUACAUCAUCCCAUGCCCUUGCCAAGGGACUGGAUCUGAAAGCUUUACAUUCCUCUUUACUUUUGAAUAUACCAACAGACCAAAAAAAAAAAAAAACUGAUAGCUUUAGCACUAGCGAUAGAUUACGGCCAUCCACCUGCCAUUGCACCAAACCUGCUGUGACCGCAAGGGCUGUGACCUUUCUGGCGCCCACUUCAAACGGACACUUAAAAAGAAGGACGCGGUCAGAGAGGGCUUCCGAGCGGUGGCAACUGAAACCAAAAACCCCAUCAGGCUUGGAUGCGAUGAACGCCUCAUGUAGGCAUCAGCAUGGAAAGCUGUGAGUCUCCCGUGGUUUCUGGGACAGACGAUGGGCUUGGCUCCUCUGCCACCUCCCAGCAGCAUCACCAUCCACAACCCUGGAACAAUCACCCUAACGCACAGGUCCCACCUUGCAACCCUUCCUUGGAGCCCCUGUCUCUCUCUGCACCCCACUCAGCCCAGCUCCAGAAUCCCAGCACACCCUGCGAGGCUGUAAGAGAACAGAAGCAGCAAACACUGUCACAGGUUCACGGUGAUAAUUCCACUACCAGACGGCUGCACCCCAAAAGAGAGGCGUUAGAGGAGGAGGAGCAGGAGGGAGUUAGCUGUGGAGAAGAGGACGAAGACUUGGAAGAACUGGAUGAAAUGGAGAUUGACAGCUGUUUCCCUAGUCUGCAGCCCUUCUCUGGUGUACCUAUGGUGCCAAGCGGAGGGGGCAUGCCCAUGCUCAUGCGGCAACAGCCCUCCCAUCGGAGGGGAGCCACAGAGAGUGGGAGCGAAGAAGGAGAGGAAGAGGAGGAAGAGGAGAGUAGUGACGUGGAAAACCUGGCUGGAGAGAUAGUCUACCAGCCUGAUGGCUCUGCCUACAUUGUGGAGAGUCUCAGCCAGCUGAUCCAAAGCGAUGGGAGCAUGGAACCAGGCUUGCUCCCCUCAAACUCUCUCCCCAGUGGGGGAAAACCAGAGGAACCUGCGGGGACCUCUUCUUCGGUGUACCCUCAGAUCAUCAACACGUUUCAUAUAGCCUCGUCUUUCGGAAAGUGGUUCGGCUCCUCAGACCAAGGUUUCCCCAAUACCUCAACCCUGGCAGGCCUCAGUCCUGUCCUGCACAGUUUCCGCGUCUUUGAUGUGCGGCACAAAAGCAACAAGGAUUACCUGAACAGCGACGGGUCUGCCAAGAAGUCCUGCGUAUCCAAAGAUGUUCCCAACAACGUGGAUUUCUCCAAAUUUGAUGGCCUGGCCCUUUAUGGCAAAGGCAAGCCCAUCCUCAUGUGUUUCCUCUGCAAGUUGUCUUUCGGCUACGCACGCUCCUUUGUCACUCAUGCAGUCCAUGACCAUCGCAUGACCCUAUGUGAGGACGAGCGCAGGCUCUUAGGCCACAAGCAUGCAUCGGCGAUUAUACAGGGCAUUGGGAAAGACAAAGAACCACUCAUUAGCUUCCUAGAACCAAAAAAUAAAAAUUCUCCACCACCGCCUACCCUGGUACCCAUGAACUCAGGCCAGAGCUUCUACGGCACGUUCAGUGGGGUUCAUUUAGAAGGGGGCAGCAGUAGUCAGGGAGGUGAGAGCCUCCUCAACAAAGACUCUGACUCGGGUCUCCGGCAACAAGCCCUCCUCACGUUGGGGGGUCUUGGCAGCCCCAAGCCCUCCCUUACCUCAACCCCAGGCCCAGCCAAAGACUCCAACACUCUGUCCAAGCAGGGUAGGAGAACAGAGGGGUCUGUGGGGAAAGAGGGGACUCAUAGAGGGGAGGAUGGGGAUGCAGAAACCUGUGAAAGAAAGGCUCUCCUUCACGGUGAGGAGAUGGCCUCAGAGGAAGAGGAUGAGCUUCUUUUAGAAGAAGAGGAUGAAGAGGUAGAGGACGAAGGCACUGCGGUGGCCUGUAGUGGAAGUAGCAGCAGCAGUGGCGGAUUUGUGGGGGAACCGGCUGUCUCAAACCAAAGCAUCUCCAAAUCUCCUUUAUUAAUGCCUAGUAGCGCUCUCCAGCCUUCUGCUUGUAUCUCUGCAGCCAGCCCCGCACUCAGCAGCAAAGCCUCUGCUUCCAUGUCCUCCUCUUCUAUCAGAGGGUCAGAGGACGGGAUGGCUGCAGACGGUGGAGGGAGAACUUCAGAUCUCUCUCUGAGCUUUAACUGCCAGGGGUCUACGCUCCCCGCGGCAAUGGUGGCAGUCACCGGCAGAGGGGGUGAAGAGGAUGAGGCCGCAUGUUCCUCUGCGAGCACGUCCUCCCCUCUUGCGUCCAAUGCUGCUGCUGAGGAAAGUGCCAAUCGAGAUAGUGCCACAGCUCCUGAACCAAAUGAAUGCCCAGCAGAAGGAGAUGAGGACAACGGUGCCCUCCUCCACCACCACCACCACCUUCACCACCAUCACCACCACCCACACCCUUCACCCAAUGCUCACAUGCACCUCCAUCACACAGCUGCUUGUGACAUGUCAGGAAUGAGUGAGUGCACCCAGAACCAUGGGGCUGGGGGCAGUGGAGGGAGUGGUGUGGAGUGCCCGAAGUGCGACACUGUUCUAGGCUCCUCUCGCUCACUGGGUGGCCAUAUGACCAUGAUGCACUCGCGGAAUUCGUGCAAGACACUGAAGUGUCCCAAGUGCAACUGGCACUACAAAUACCAGCAGACCUUGGAGGCCCACAUGAAGGAGAAGCACCCUGACUCUGGAAGCUCUUGUGUGUACUGCAGCAAUGGACAGAGUCACCCUCGCCUUGCCCGUGGGGAGAGCUACACUUGUGGCUACAAGCCCUUCCGCUGUGAGGUCUGCAACUAUUCCACUACCACCAAAGGCAACCUAAGCAUUCAUAUGCAGUCUGACAAGCAUCUUAACAACAUGCAGACGUUACAAAAUGGAGGAACUAUUCCGACCGCUGGUGAACAAGUGUUUGGGCAUGCACCUGGAGGGGUGGUGCCUGUUUCUUCUGCUACCCAGGCCAGCAGCCAUCAUCCUAGUCACCACCAUCAUCCUGCCCAGUCCUCCACCCACAUGGCAGGGCCCUGUGGUGCCCCUUCACCCACCAAGCCAAAAAGCAAGCCCACCUGGCGGUGUGAGGUUUGUGACUAUGAGACUAAUGUAGCACGUAACCUGCGCAUCCACAUGACAAGCGAGAAACACAUGCACAACAUGAUGCUGCUUCAGCAGAACAUGACCCAAAUGCAGCACGGCCGGCUUGGUCUAGGCACCAUGCCUUCACCCUCAGAGGCUGAGCUGUACCAAUACUACUUAACCCAAAACAUGAGCCUGCCACCAGGCCUUAAGAUGGACCCAUCUGGAGCUGAAGCCCAGUUCUUGCUUGGAGGUUUUCAUCUGGACCCCAACAUGGCAGCUCUGGCCCCAGCACUAGUUGGAGGGGACAUUGCAAUGGAUGUACGCCUGGGUGGGGGACAGCUGGUCUCAGAGGAGCUGAUGACCUUGGGUGAAAGCCUAUCCCAGACCAGCGACCCUUCCCUCAAACUCUUCCAGUGCGCCGUGUGCAACCGCUUCACUACCGACAACCUGGACGUGCUGGGCCUGCACAUGAGCGCCGAGCGCUCGCUCCCAGAGGAGGAGUGGAGAGCGGUGGUGGGCGACUCGCACCAGUGCAAGCUGUGCCACUACACCUCGCAGCUCAAGGCCAACUUUCAGCUGCACUGCAAGACUGACAAACACGUGCAGAAAUAUCAGCUGGUGGCACACAUCAAGGAGGGCGGCAAGGGUAAUGAGUGGCGCCUCAAGUGCGUGGCCAUUGGCAACCCUGUACACCUCAAAUGCAAUGCCUGUGACUACUAUACCAACAGCCUGGAAAAACUGAGGAUGCACACGGUCAACUCUCGCCAUGAGGCCAGUCUCAAGCUGUACAAGCAUUUGCAGCAGCACGAGAACGCUGUGGAGGGUGAGUCGAGCUACUACCACUGUGUCCUGUGUAACUACUCCACCAAGGCCAAGUUGAACCUCAUCCAACACGUCCGUUCCAUGAAGCACCAGCGCAGCGAAAGCCUGCGGAAGCUGCAACGCCUGCAGAAGGGCUUACCCGAGGAAGAGGAGGAGUUGAGCGCCAUCUUCACCAUUCGCAAAUGUCCUUCUGCCGACACGGGAGAGCUGAGUGAGGAUGUGGAGGCUGCCAGUGAGACCACCACAGAUCAGGAGGACCAAACCAAAGACAGAGAGUGUGGGGGGGAGAGGGAGCUCACCAAAGGGACAGCAUCCAACCAAUCGGAGAGGGAUCAGACGGAUUCCCCGGUCCCCUCCAAGCGGCCUUCUUCUAGGUCCGAGGCAGCAGAAAGCCCCCUCUCGUCGAAACGACCCAGGACCACUGAGAAGAGCAGUGGAGAGCAGAUGUACCAGUGCCCCUACUGCAAGUUCAGCAACACAGAUCUGAACCGGCUCAGAAUGCAUGUGAUGACGCAGCACUCAGUGCAGCCCAUGUUCCGCUGCCCGCUGUGCCAGGACAUGCUCAACAACAAGGUCCACCUGCAGUUCCAUCUCACUCACCUCCACAGCGUGGCACCAGACUGCGUCGACAAGCUAAUUGCCACAGUGGCAGCAUCAGAAGUACUGCCAGCUAGCAUGUUCAUACCAGUCCCUGGACCAGAGAUAGAUACUCAAACCGCACCUCAGUCCAUGGUCAACUCAAACUCUGAUGACAUUAAGAAACAAACAGAGGUGGCAGAUGUUGAGCCUGAAAAAGGAGUUUGUCUGGCCUCAGACACUGUUGAAGCUCACAAGUCUCCUCUUGAGGAACAGCAGCCUGCAAGAGAUGAUUCCACCGGUUUCCUUUGCUGGAAAAAGGGCUGUAAUAAAGUCUUUAAAUCCUCCAAUGCCCUUCAGAUGCACUUCAAUGAGGUCCACAAUAAAAGGCCCCAACUGCCUGUCUCUGAUCGUCAUGUCUACAAAUAUCGCUGCAACCAGUGUAGUUUGGCAUUCAAGACAAUAGAGAAACUUCAGCUGCAUUCCCAAUACCAUGUAAUCAGAGCAGCCACAAUGUGCUGUUUAUGCCAGCGCAGCUUCAGGACCCUACAUGCACUUAAGAAGCAUCUGGAGACCAGUCACCUGGAGUUGAGUGAAGUUGACAUCCAGCAGCUCUAUGGAGGUUUACUGAUGAAUGGAGACCUAAUGAUUAUGGGUGAUCCCUCACUUGGAGAGGACCAGGGAGCUCUUAUUGAUGAUGAGAAAGAGGGAGACGAAAGUGACCCAGAGGAAAAGCAAAGCCCAACUGGCAGUGACUCUGGAUCUUUGCAAGAAGAUUCUGGAUCUGAACCCAAGCGAGCCCUACCAUUUAGGAAAGGCCCCAACUUUACUAUGGAGAAGUUUCUAGAUCCGUCCCGUCCUUUCAAGUGUACAGUCUGCAAAGAGUCAUUUACUCAAAAGAAUAUUCUUCUUGUACACUACAACUCUGUGUCUCACUUACACAAAGUCAAAAGGGCUCUACAGGAAUCCACCACCGGUCAGCCAGAGCCUACCAGCAGCCCUGAUAAUAAACCCUUCAAGUGCAGCACUUGCAAUGUAGCAUACAGCCAGAGCUCUACACUGGAGAUUCAUAUGCGCUCUGUUCUUCAUCAAACCAAGGCCAGGGCAGCAAAGCUUGAAGCAGCUGGCGGCACUUCUAGUGCUGUUAGCAGUAGUGGCCCAAGCGGAAGCACUUCCAAUAGCACUUCAACCCCAAGCCCUAUUCCAGCCACUAACUCAACUACCAGCUCCAGCAAGAGCAGCAGCUCUCCAGCUGGAGCUCAGACAGCACAGAGCAUCAUGGGAGGUAAUCAUCUGUCAAGUCAUUCUCACAAUGUUGAGAAUUUGGGUAACUCAGCCUGUCAUCCCUCUCCUUCUGAGAAUCAUGAAGUGAAAAAGAAGAAAUUUGCAGAUAUGCUAUCCUCGAGGGGUCAUCAGCAGCAGCUCCAGCAACAGCAGCAGCAGUUAGCCCAGGCUCAAGCACAGGCACAGGCUCAGCUCCAACAAGAGUUCCAGCAGGCUGCUCUCCUUCAGUCCCAGCUUUUUAACCCUCUUCUCCAGCACUUCCCUAUGACAACAGACGCUCUUCUCCCUCUUCAGCAACAGCAGCUGCUCUUUCCGUUUUACAUUCCUGGGGCAGAAUUUCAACUGAAUCCAGAAAUGAACCUGAGCAGCUCUUCAUUGAACUUCAGUGGAUCUGCUGCUUCACUGUUGGAAGAACAGAAAAACUCUGCCCAGCAGAGCUGCUUACAACAACAGCUUAUGCACCACCACCUUCAGCAACAGCACCAAUCUCAUUCCCACUCCCAAGGAUCGAGCCAAAUGGCUUUACUUGAGCAGAGUGCCCUUUCUCAUCCUGUAGACAAAAAGCCAAAGCCAUCUCCUCACACUGAGAAAGAAAGAGAGAUGCCAAAGGAUAAAGAAAUUAGUGAUAAAGCUGAGGAUCAUGUUCCAAAAGAUAUGUCAGACAAGUCCAAAGAAAAGAAAGAUCCUCCUCAAGCUGUUGUAAAUGUGAAUCAUGACUCUGGAUUUCCUCCUCCAAGGAUUGUCUCAGAUGCCCGAGGGAAUGCCACCAAAGCCCUACUGGAGAAUUUUGGCUUCGAGUUAGUAAUUCAGUUCAAUGAGAACAAGCAAAAAGCACAAAGAAAGCCAACAGGAUCUCUGUCAGGAUGCAGUGGGCCAGCUGGUAUCACCAGAGUAGUUGACCCUAUUGAAGGAUUAGAGAAACUGGAGUGUGAGUCUUGCGGUAAGCUCUUUUCCAACAUAUUGAUUCUCAAGAGUCAUCAGGAGCAUAUCCACCAGGCUUUCUUUCCGUUCAGAUUUCUAGAGAGAUUUGCCAAAGAGUACAGGGAACAAUAUGACAAGCUGUACCCACUGAGACCUCAGACACCCGAAGCUGCUGCACCUCCUCCACCGCCUCCACCCCCACCCCCACCUCCGCCUCCCCAGAGGGUACCAACACCAAAUAUACCCGUUUCUGCUCCUACCCUGACACCACCAACUGCUCCAACUCCUCAGCCUCCAGUUCCACUGGCCCAAAUUCCAAUGUCAAUGGAUCUGCCUCUCUUCUCUCCACUUAUGAUGCAGCCCAUGUCACUCCAGUCAUUACCUUCUCAGAUUCCUGCCCAACUGCCAGCUGUUGAGCCCAGUCUGGCCACUGAUCUGGCCCAGCUCUACCAACAGCAGCUUACCCCUGCCAUGUUACAGCAACAGAAUAAGAGACCACGCACCCGUAUCACAGAUGACCAGCUAAGGGUGCUCCGCCAGUAUUUCGACAUCAACAACUCUCCCAACGAAGAACAAAUUAAGGAAAUGGCAGAUAAAUCAGGACUCCCCCAGAAAGUCAUCAAGCACUGGUUCCGCAAUACACUCUUUAAAGAGCGACAACGCAACAAAGACUCACCUUAUAAUUUUAACAACCCUCCAAUUACAACUCUUGAAGAUACCAAAAUUGAUUCAAAGCCACCCUCCCCUGAGCCUCAAAAGCAGGAAUCAUUUGGAAAUAAGAGGUCCUCAAGGACAAGGUUCACAGACUACCAGCUGAGGGUGUUGCAAGAUUUCUUUGAUGCUAAUGCUUAUCCUAAAGAUGAUGAAUUUGAGCAGUUGUCCAAUCUUCUGAGCCUUCCAACUCGAGUCAUUGUUGUGUGGUUCCAAAAUGCCAGACAGAAAGCCCGUAAAAAUUAUGAGAACCAGGGAGAUGGAGGAAAAGAAGGUGACCGACGCGAGUUAUCCAAUGACCGAUACAUUCGUACUACCAACUUAAACUAUCAGUGCAAGAAGUGCAGCCUGGUUUUCCAGCGCAUAUUUGACCUUAUUAAACACCAAAAGAAGCUCUGUUACAAAGACGAGGAGGAAGACGGGCAGUAUGACAGUCUAAAUGAGGACUCUGUGGAUCUCUCUCAUGAAUACUAUACUCUCUCUGGGUCAUCAGGUCAAACACCAAUGCCCUCAUCCUCAAGCCUCUGCCCUCUUCCUCCUUCAUCCUCUGCAUUCUCUCACAUCACGUCAUCUGAAAAGGAGGAGCCUACACCAGCUAACACAUCAAACUGUUUUGAUGAAAAAUCAAAAGACUCUUCAGAAACAUCAUUGGGCCAAAGAGAGCAGACAUCUUUGAAACAGGAAACCAUUCAUCCAUCUGAGACUCCACAGCAGAGACCACAAAGAGAGGAAAAGACACAUACAGUCCCAAAGAAUUCAAAGCUUUCUUCACCUUCCCUCUCCCAACAGCAACAGCAUAGUGGUCCCUCCAUUUCACAUACCAGUCAGACCUCCCAGAGUUCCCACAUGGCCCUUAAUCCUCAUUUAGCCUCUGCCUCACAGCAGCAGUUGGCCCAGCAAAUGAACCCGUACCAGUGUGAGCAGUGCAAACUUGCCUUCCCUUCAUUUGAACACUGGCAGGAACACCAGCAACUUCAUUUCCUGAGUGUCCAAAAUCAGUUCAUUCAUCCUCAGUUUUUGGAUCGCCCAAUGGACAUGUCCUUCAUGUUGUUUGAUCCUAGCAAUCCUCUGCUUGCUAGCCAGCUCCUUGCAGGAGCAAUACCGCAAAUGUCCAGCAACUCUGCCACCUCCCCAUCAACACCCACAUCCACUAUGAACUCCCUGAAGAGGAAGCUGGAGGAGAAGGCAGGAACUAGUCCAGGAGAAAGUGACAGCAUGAAUAGUGGAGAGGAGCCACAACGAGACAAGCGCCUCCGAACCACUAUUACACCAGAGCAACUAGAGAUUCUGUACCAGAAAUAUUUGCUUGACUCCAACCCUACUCGUAAAAUGCUUGACCACAUUGCUCAUGAAGUGGGGCUUAAAAAACGAGUGGUACAGGUAUGGUUCCAAAACACAAGAGCCAGAGAAAGAAAAGGUCAGUUUCGGGCUGUUGGGCCAGCUCAAGCGCACCGCCGCUGCCCAUUUUGUCGAGCCCUGUUCAAAGCUAAAACUGCCCUCGAGGCCCAUAUUCGUUCACGCCACUGGCAUGAGGCUAAACGUGCUGGUUACAACCUAGUGCUUUCUGGUCUGCUAUCUGAACAGGAGGCCAUGCAAUUGAAGAUGGAUCCUCUGGAUAUCUCCAGCUAUGCUCACCUUGCCCAGUCUAACAAUGAUGCGCAAAGUUCAUCACUGUCACCUGUGAGCAAAAGCAUGGACUUGUCCCCCAGGGCUCUCCUGAGCCCAACAUCUAUUAAGGUUGAGGGAGCAGAGGAGUUUGAAAGCCCAACCAUUUCCUCAGUUAAUACAAACUUUUAUCAUAAUAAACUUGAUAAUGAUGAUUGUUCUUCUGUGAAUACAGCCAUCACUGACACUACCACAGGUGAUGAGGCAAACGUUGACAAUGACAGUGCUGAUGCAAAGCACAGCCAUAACAGUGGAGAUUUUCUCUCUAAGUCUGGGGGCGCAGUACCCUCCAUUGAGAACGAUGAACAGAUGUCCUCAGGACUGGUGAGCCCUGCAAUGAGCUUCUACACAAAAGACUUUGAAAAUGAAAAUAUGAUAGACUACAGUGAAACAUCUAGUCUGGCUGACCCUUGUUCACCAAGUCCAGGGGCCUCUGGAAGCAGAAGCAUUGAUAGUGGAGACAGACCUGGUCAAAAGCGCUUCCGAACACAGAUGUCUAAUCUUCAGCUUAAGCUGCUCAAGUCCUGCUUCAAUGAUUAUAGGACUCCAACCAUGCUGGAGUGUGAGGUACUUGGCAAUGACAUUGGACUUCCAAAGAGAGUUGUCCAGGUCUGGUUUCAAAACGCUCGUGCUAAGGAAAAGAAGGCAAAGCUCAGCAUGGCUAAGCACUUUGGUAUUAACCAGACUUCUUACGAGGGACCUAAGACAGAAUGUUCUUUGUGUGGUGUUAAAUACAGUGCUCGCCUCUCAGUGCGAGACCACAUCUUUUCCCAGCAACACAUCUCCAAAGUAAAGGAUACCAUUGGAAGUCAACUCGAUAAAGAGAAAGAGUACUUCGAUCCAGCGACGGUUCGUCAGCUGAUGGCACAACAGGAGAUGGAUCGUAUCAAGAAAGCAAAUGAGGUCCUGGGACUAGCACAACAACAAGCCAUGCAGCAACAAGGGAUGUUUGACACAUCUGCCUUGCAAGCCUUGAACCUUCAGUCAGGUUACCCAAAUCUACAGGGGAUCCCCCCUGUUCUCCUGCCAGGUGUUGGUGGUCCCUCCAUACCAGGCUUUAACUCAUCCAACUCAGCUUUAACCCCUCCGAAACCUCUGAACCUCCUGAACAUGUCUGGUGCCAGUGUACCCUCACCUAGUCUCCCCACAUCUGGUUUACCCAACAAGACCCCAUCCUCCUCUUCACUGGCCUCGCCCAGCCCAGCUCAGGCCAGCACAUCUAUCGCCCACUCGAGCCCUACCCCCACAUCUACAUCGAACUCUUUGAUGACCCAGCCAGGCCCUCAUCCUGAUGCUCCCAAAAAUCGUGAUCCUGAGAGGGCCAGGGAGAAAGAGAAACCCAAGGGGAAGGCUGAGAAGCCCCCCACACCAUCCUCAGCUGGGGGUACUCCCGCUCCCUCCACUUCUGCUGCCAGUGCCAAGAAAGAAAAACCAGACACUGCUGUUCCGGCCACCUCGAUGCCAACACCUGGCAUGGAGUAUGUGGUCGAUACUGCCCAACUUCAAGCUCUACAAGCAGCUUUAGCUUCAGAUCCAACAGCUCUGUUAACAAGUCAGUUCCUGCCCUACUUUAUGCCUGGCUUCUCUCCAUAUUAUGCCCCUCAGAUACCAGGUACUCUUCAAGGUGGAUAUCUUCAGCCCAUGUAUGGCAUGGAAAGUCUUUUCCCCUACAACCCAGCUUUAUCACAGGCCCUGAUGGGGCUGUCACCAGGAUCUUUGCUUCAACAUUACCAGCAAUAUCAGCAGAGCCUGCAGGAGGCACUUCAGCAGCAGCAGCGGCAGCUUCAACAGAUCCAGCAUCCCAAAGCAAGCCAAACGUCACAAAACUCGGUGGGCCGUAAGGACUCUGCCAAAGAUCCAGUAAAAACAGAGGAGCAAAAGAGCAAUUCCUCAGUUGAAACCUCUUCCACUUACAACAACUUAGCCACUGAGCAGCAUGAAGUGGAUGGCAAAGGUGCAGACCCCCAUCUUGACCAAUAUAUCAUCCCCAAAGUUCAGUAUCGGCUGGCAUGCCGCAAGUGUCAAGCUGUCUUCAGCAAGGAGGAAGCAGCUAUCAGCCACCUCAAGUCAAUUUGUUUUUUUGGUCAGUCUGUGGCAAACCUGCAAGAGAUGUUGCUCCGGGUCCCCAACAGUGGGAAUGCAGCAGAAGGUGGCCUCUACGACUGCCUCGUCUGUGACACAACACUAGAAGGGGACAAAGCGCUCAGUCAACACCUGGAUUCAGCCUUGCACAAACACAGAACAAUCAAGAGAUCCAGAAAUGCCAAAGAGCACGCUACUAAUUUAUUACCUCACUCUUCAGCCUGCUUCCCCAGUCCUAACACCACAUCUACCUCGCAGUCUGCCACUCACUCAAACAACACCCCAUCCCCUCCACCAACAAUGUCAGCCACCACACCGUCCUCAUCAGCGUCUGCAUCUUCAUGCACCUCCUCCUCCUUCACAGCCACUCCACUCAACACAACAGCUACAGGCAAAUCAUGGUCCCAGGCCCCUUUCUCCAGAGCUUUAGCUGGGAAGCCCAAUUCCCCUUUGUCUGCAUUGUCUUCUUUUCCUCCAGUUUCCUCUCCUUCAACGGUUACCUCAAGUUCAUUGAGCACCUCAGGGGUCCAGACCUCGAUACCAACAGACGUCUUUACCGACGAGUCUGAUUCUGACAGCAGUCAGAAGUCAGCAGACAGGCUGGGCAGGCCAGCAGAGGAGCCACAACAGCCUGGCUGUCUCAAAGACAGCAGUAGUUGUAGUAAUCUCGCUAGUGUAGGAUCGGACUCCAUCAGAUUGUAAAAGCGUUCAGUGAUGAACAAUAUUUAAAAAAAGAAAUAGAAAAAGAAAAAAAAAACAAGACAAAAGAAAACAAAAGAAAAAAAGCAGCAAUGGUUAAAAUGUUUAAAGUAUACAAACCAAUUUCAGAAAAAGAUGUGUAAAGACUAAUUGCAAUUCCAAAGCUUGUAACCAAAAAUUUAAAUGUUAGUGGAUUGUUUUCCCAUAUCAACAUGCUGGUUUUAUUUUAUUAGAACUCCUAAUAUAUAUAUCACAGCAGUUAAGUCGGUUAUUGCUAGUGGAAUGCUGUAUUGCAGUGGACUGCAGUUGUUUGAAUGGCCCCAAAAUUCUCUUUACAAAGAACGAGUCAACAAGCUAUCCCUUGUUUGCAAAAGUAUUUCCGCUUAAUAGCACAGUCACAUAAAGCCAGUAUGUACUGUAUGGGAGACUAGUCUUACAGUUUUCUUGCUAUCUAAGCAUUCAGAUACCAAUGGCUUGCUAAAGAAAAGAAAAAUAAUGUAAUGUCAAUUUUAUUCUCAGGUCAACAGCUCACCACAACCUUUUCUUGUGUUACAAAAAGUCAUUAGUUUAUUCGUUUUGUUCCAAACAAAAAAUAGACAUUUCUGUUUUUGUAUGACAUUUAUUGGCAGAAAGUAUUCAGAAAUGAUAUUAACUCAACUAAAGUUUCUGGGCAUUCAAUGAGUAGCUGAAUUGCUGGUUUUAAACCUUCUUAAUUAUUAUUAUCAUUUAAUUUUUAUUUGUUUGUUUGUUUUUAAUGGGAGAGUUACUAAUCCCAUUUUACCCAGACAUGAAAAGCAUUGCGGACUUGGUGGAGGAAAAAGAUUUUUUUUUAGGAAAAAAAACUUUCUGUAUUUAUGAUAGAUAUAUACAUUUUUGGUGUUCAGUAGAUUGUUGCAUUGGAAAUGAAUUUAAACAGUAUGGUAGAUUGAAAAAUCUUUGUGUACAUUUAGCUUUUGUAUUGUCCAACUUUAAGGCGCUUCAUUUGAUGUUGUCUUGGUCAUUCCAAUAGACUAGAUUAAGGAGCAGGAAACGAUCUCUACUCUAUUUCUGUCCAAUUCUCAGCUUCUUGUUCUUGUUCUCCCAGCUGAAUCUUUUUGUCACAAGGGGUUUCUCACCUUUGGUUGGUGCAGCAUUGACGAAAAGCGAGGAGAAAUCUGGGGUGUGUUUGAAAAUUGUUCAGUUAUAUUUGCGUUACCUUAGUGCACUUACCACUGUCUGACUUUCUCUCUUUCUUUCUUUUUUUCUAGCUAUCUAUCUGUUCCUCCUUUCUUUCCUCUUUCUGUACCCCCUGCCUUUGUAGAUUUGGAGAUAACUGCCUCUCCUUUAGCACUACAAAGCAGAUACUUGUUUCCAUGUAGUGUGGCUGCAGUCUGCUAUAGGCUUUAUGUUCAUUUCAACUUUUGUGUUGUCAUAUAUGAAAAUUAAAAAAUAAUAAUAAUAAUAAUAAUAAUUCUCACGCUUUAAAACAAAAAGAAAAUCCAAAGACUUAACACUUUCACCAUUGGUGCAUAAAGAUGAGAAAAGAGGCUUCUUUAUACUUGAGAAUUUGUUGCUGUUUUUAAGGAAAGAAAACAACGUUUUAAAAUAAAAGAAAUACGCAUCAGAGUUGCCGUUUUUGCUUCUUUGCAAGCAGACAGGUGGCUUUUUUACGUCGAAUACUAAGAAAACCAAAAAUAAAAAGGGCCCUUGUCCUUGCAUUGUGGAGUAGCACCGUUACAGAGCCAUUGCAGUUUGUAAAAUAGAGGUUUUGUUGAAGUUUCUGUCACACAUGAAAUCCAUUUCUUUUUUCUUUUGUUUUCUUUCUGUAAAAAAAAAUAUAUAUAAGGUCUGGUCUUUAAGGACAUAUGUUUUGCUGCUAAUGUAGAUUUGGAAAGGAAGAAUACCUAGAUGCAUGCUCCUUUUGCUUUUUGGCUAAGCUUUAAGAAAAAAAGAAACAAACAAUAAACCAUUUCCCUGCCCUGCAACAUCUUUUUUUUCCCUUCUUGUUGCAAAAAAAGGAACUUUGAAGACUGUGAAUAUAUGUUCCAAAGGACAUUUUAGCUUCUUUUUUUUUUUCAUUUUUGAACACACCAAUGUUCUAUAAUGUUUGUAAAAAUAACAGUGCAUUCCAAAUACUACACCUGAGUUUUAAUCUCUUAAGCAAGGACUGCUUCUUUUUAUUCAAAUUUAGUAUAAGUCUAUUUUAUCCCAUUUCUAAGGUGACUGUAAGCUGUUGUGUAACUCUGCCAUCAUGGAUUGCUGAAUAUCACCUCACUCCGAUUAUGAUGUGUCGAGAGUGAACAGAAUCCCUGCAGCCAUUAAAUGACUUUACUCACUUGAACUAGAUUACCAAGUCAUAGUGGUUACCAAAAAUAUACAUACUGCAACCUGUCUGGUACUUACGCAUCUCCCUGAUCCGGUGUCAUCAUGCUUCUUGAUUUAGAACUAGUCUCAGAACGAAAGGCUGGAAAAGCAAAUAGGGAAUUCAUUGUCUGCAGGGUGUAAAGCCAUUUUCAUGCAGGAAAUGUCUGUUGCGGGUCUGUAAGGGGCAUUUUCAUUCCAAAGCAUUAUAAGACCGGGGAAAGCAAGGUUUGUUUUAGGUGUCCCUUGUUUUGCGUGACGACAAAGUAGAAGUGUCCAAAGAGGUCCCUCACUCCAAGUCAUUGCAAUGGAAAUGGUUGCAUUUUAGCGAAAUGGCCCCCAUCCAAUCGUAAAUGGAAUUGCUCUUUUCUUUUCUUUUCUUUUCCAAAUCAAGUCAUUUUUGAAAUGUGUAAAAGAUGCUUUAGGGGGGCGCAAACGUAUUUGGCUUUAGUAGCGUAUUUCCACACUUGUCCAGGUGUGUAAACAAGCAUUAUGUCUUGCAGAAAAAUUUGAUUUGGUGUUAUUUGGUGUGCGUGCCAUUGAAAUUGGGUUCCUUUGAUCUGCAAGCGGAUCCACUCCUCUCAAACCAUGUUAUCUAUAAUAUUGUUCAUAAUUAUUUUUGAGAAGUCCGAUAUUGUAUAGUUUAUUUUUGAAUGCUUUGCAUUGUUUUGGUCUCAGAUAAUAUCUUUAUGGUUAUUUUCAUAUAACUGUAUAUUUUAUUUUCCUUCGUUUUUGUUGUUGUCCAUUUAUAAAUUAAUGUUACAAUGCCAGCUUUAAAUUGAAAUCACAUCUAUUUGUUUUCUAUCAUUCUCUGGCCACUUUAUGGUGUUACAAUGUUCCUAUAUUUGUUUGUCUUGACACAGUUGUGUAUCUCUUGCUUCCAAAGUGUUCUCGUUUUUUAUAGGCUCUCGUGUGGGGCAGAAUCCCUCACAACUGUUUCAGCCAGCAUGGACUUUGUAUGUGCGAGUGUGAGCGUGUGUGCGUGUGUUUCAUAAGAGCCAGCAUCAGUCUGAGUUUUUAUACUUUGUAUUCUAUUUUAUACUUUCAUUUCGCACCAAUACAUACUGAACUGCAAAGCUGAAUCUUCAGUAAAGGGUUUGACAAGUCUGAUGUUCAACACAAUAAUCUUGUAACGUGGCGAAAGAGGAUACCGAAGCACUGAGCAGUUAUUAUUUUUGUUAAUUAUAUGAAUGUGGCCAAAGCUUCAUGCAGUCGAAAACACGAAAAACUUUAGUUGGUGCCCCUGAUGAGUGUAUAUUUAUUGUGGUUAAUCCAACACGUGGCUGAGAUACAUCAGCUCUCAUUGGGAUACUUGAUUUUAUUUUUUAUUUUUUUUGUGUGGACAUUUUGCAAAGAGAGAACGAAAACGACAGGUUUUGCUGUAGAGGUCAUCCUUUUGCCCACUGUGAAAAUGAACAUGUAUACAGAUAUAGAUAUAUUUAAAGAAGACAUCAACACUUUUCUUUGAAAUGACAAAGAAGGAAAUAAAGAGAAACGAACUCUGGGAAACUUGAGAGAUGUCAUUGAGAUGUCUGAGAAGGCUGUUGUUGACACACCAAAACUGGGCAUGGGAGCCAAAGGCAGGGCCGAUGCGCCCCGAUAUCAAGUCAUUAUUUAACUAACACGAUAUGCCGACGGGAGUGGACUCUGCAACCAGUGGACAUAUGUGACACGGAGAGGAAUUUAUCUCCUUUUUCUCUCUCUCUGGUUCUGCAUCUACUUGGACAUUUUCUGCACUUCUGAACGGGAUGGACUCAAACACUCGCAUACGUUGUCUCCCAGUUCAUGGUGUUGCUACCUGUUUCAUUUCCUCCUGCCCGCCUCAGUGACUGACACGUGGUUCCACUCUGGCGUGGAGUCGACCGGAUCCAUCCAACCAUAAAGGGUGACUUUACUGUUCAAGGGGAGGGGAUUUUCCUGGGUGUCAUUCCUGAGGAAGCAGAUAAACACAAAAAAGCGAAUCAACCAAAAUUAAUAACCAAACUAACAAGCAACCAAAC